CUCCGACUAGCCGACCACAUGCACACCAUAGAUCUGUAGAUCUGGAUUCCAUCCGCCAGAUAUCUGUCUUUUACCGAAUAAAUUUCUCCCUGGGCCUGGACCGACUGUCCUCUUUGUUUGAUACCCCGUUUUUGUCCCCGUCGAGCCUCGCUGCUGAGCCAGCGAAACCCAGUCAAGAGGAUCCCAUACCCACAUUCAACCAGCACACCGCAGUCACAGCGCAGCACGCGCCAGAUCCGCCUCAGAUCAGCGACCCUGCAAGCGCAAGUGGACUUGGAGAAUGACAACAUCUAGCUCCAGUCCCGGCACCACCACAUGAGAGCUAGGAGGGCUGCCACUUCACCCGGCCCACGCCGCAGGAUAAAUCAUCUCUGCUCCCUCCCAUAAUAUUAGGUCCCCCCCCCAGAGGCAAGUGGGCUUACUCGACUCGCCUGCCUGCGGGAUGCCUCCCUCAACUCCAUAUCACCCUACAGAGCCUCCAGAUUCGCCCGCCGAUGACUCCGACUCCGACCUUGACCUCGACCUCCAAGAGCUUGACCCCCUUCCCGCCGAUGCGCCCGGCAACAAGUCUGGGCUUUUAGGACACGAUCGAGAAGCUGCUGAACAGAGGGCCCCCAGGAUAGCUCUGCGCAACCUCCGUAUGGGGAGUCUGCGCCGCAAGGGAAAGUCGUCCAGAGGCUAUCCUGGCGCUGGUGGGGGUAGGGAUGCUGGGCUCGACGAUGCUGCGGCCCUGCUAGGUGACGCCGACGGAGACGGAGAUGGCCAGUCUAGUCGCGAGAACUCCGGCGAGGACGCCCCCUUCUUGCGAGACCACGACGACCGUUCACGCCGCCCUAAGGAUGGCCAAAAGCGGCGGCCCAGCUCGUCCGGUGGCCUGCGCCUGCCCAGCUUCAUGUCCUCCACCGGGUCGCAGCGUCAGGAGGAGGAAGAGCAGGACCAGGAUGAAGACGACCCCUCGGCGUCCAGGCUCGUCGCCGUCGGCUCUGCCCAGUCCACUCGUUUCCCGCCAAACCUUGUGUCCAACGCAAAGUACACCGCCUUCACGUUCCUUCCUAUUACGCUAUAUAACGAAUUCUCAUUCUUUUUCAACAUGUACUUCCUCCUCGUUGCCCUCUCACAAGCGAUACCUGCCUUGAGGAUCGGCUACCUCUCUACCUACGUCGCGCCCCUAGCCUUUGUCCUGGUGAUCACGAUGGGAAAAGAGGCAUAUGAUGACAUAGAACGGAGGCGGAGGGAUAAUGAGGCCAACUCAGAACCUUACGCUGUCCUGGCGUUUGACGAACCAGGUCAAUAUGCUUCGUCUACUCGCCCAAGAAGAACGCUGAAGUCCACUUCCGCACGAAAGGGGCGCAAGGGAAAGCUUCCGGAGAGGGAUAGACUCUCUGACAUCCAGGAAGAAGAGGAGCAAGCUGAAGGCUCUGGCAUGCGCAGGGAACCUUCUUCACAAGUUCGAGACAUUAGCAAAAAGUCUCGCGACCUGAAGGUUGGUGACGUCUUGAAGUUGGAGAAAGGUCAAAGAGUUCCCGCCGAUGUGAUCAUCCUGAAGUGUUUGUCCGGCGAUGCGAACGCAGGAAGCGACUCUGAAGUGCCCCAGAAGGCCGAGCCGGAUCUUCUGGGCAGUAUCGACGAGUCGGGGGAAAGCAGUGCUGGUCCGCCUGCGAGCACUGAGCCUGAGCAGAGCUCGGGGCCUGGCGGGGAGACGUUCAUCAGGACGGACCAACUGGAUGGCGAGACCGACUGGAAGCUUCGCGUCGCGUCGCCUCUGUCGCAGAACCUGGCCAUUGAGGAAUUGGUUCGUCUCCGGGUUACCGGUGGUAAGCCGGACAAGAAGGUUAACGACUUUGUUGGCACUCUCGAGCUUCUGCCGUCGAGACAAGAAGCCAUGGGCAAUACUACCAGCGCCCAGACUGAUGAAAGCCUGUCUGGCACGGCACCUUUGUCCAUAGACAACACUGCCUGGGCAAACACGGUCAUCGCGUCUCACGCAACUACCUUGGCCGUGAUCAUCUACACCGGGCCCCAAACCCGAUCUGCUCUCUCCACGGCGCCUUCCAGGUCCAAAACAGGGCUCCUGGAGUAUGAGAUCAAUUCACUGACCAAGAUUCUUUGCGCCUUGACUCUCGGCAUCUCGAUUAUCCUCGUCGCCCUGGAAGGCUUCGAGAACGUGCCUGGAAAUGUCUGGUAUGUUAAGAUCAUGCGCUUUCUGGUCCUGUUCUCGACAAUCGUGCCCAUCAGUCUUCGAGUCAACCUUGACAUGGGCAAAAGUGUGUACUCUUGGUUCAUCCAACGAGACCCCGAUAUACCGGGCGCCGUUGUUCGAACCAGCACGAUACCAGAAGAUCUUGGUCGAAUUGAGUAUUUGCUGAGCGACAAGACGGGCACUCUGACUCAGAAUGAGAUGGAGAUGAAGAAGAUUCACGUGGGAACUGUAUCUUACGCCAACGAGGCGAUGGACGAGGUUUCAGCAUAUGUGAGCCAGGGAUUCCAAGUCCCCCUGUCCACGGAUCCAGCUGCAAACAGCACACUCAUCACACCAUCGUCGACAUUCACAGCAACAUCCAAUGCUGGAGCCACACGCACUCGACGUGAGAUUGGUACAAGAGUACGUGACGUUGUGCUGGCACUGGCAUUGUGUCACAAUGUUACCCCUACAACGGAUGAGGAGGAUGGCAAGAUGGUCACUGCAUAUCAGGCUUCGUCUCCCGACGAGAUUGCCAUCGUGAAGUGGACAGAGGCCGUUGGAUUGCGGCUUUCGUACCGGGAUCGCAAAAGCAUGGUGCUCGCGUCUCCAGAGACUGGCCGGCCAAUUGUCAAGGUGCGCAUCCUAGAUGUGUUUCCCUUCACGUCCGACGGCAAAAGGAUGGGGAUUGUCGUUCAAUUUUUCGAGCGACUGGGUAGUGUCCCAAAUCUCAACAAUGGUGAGAUUUGGUUCUACCAGAAGGGUGCAGACACGGUCAUGAGUUCGAUUGUAGCUGCAAAUGACUGGCUUGAUGAGGAGACCGCCAACAUGGCCCGAGAAGGCCUGCGGACACUGGUAGUGGGUCGGAAACGCCUCUCACCUGCCGAAUAUCACGAAUUCCAGUCCAAAUACCAGGAAGCAUCGCUCGCCAUCAGUGGGCGUGAUACCGGCAUGCAGAAAGUGGUUUCGCAGUAUCUGGAGCGCGAUCUGGAACUGCUUGGUGUCACAGGCGUGGAGGACAAGCUGCAAAGGGAUGUCAAGCCGUCUCUUGAGCUUCUCAGGAACGCGGGCAUCAAGAUCUGGAUGUUGACAGGCGACAAGGUGGAGACAGCCCGCUGCGUCGCCGUGAGCUCCAAGCUCGUCGCACGCGGCCAGUACAUCUACACCGUUGCUAAGAUGAAGCGCAAGGACCACGCUCAGGACCACCUCGACUUUCUCCGGAGCAAGGUAGACUCAUGCCUCCUCAUUGACGGCGAGAGUCUCGCCCUCUUCCUCACGCACUUCCGCACAGAUUUCAUCUCGGCAGCCGUCAAGCUGCCUACCGUUGUCGCGUGUCGAUGCUCCCCCACACAGAAAGCCGAGGUUGCAAAGCUGAUUAAGGAGUUCACCAAGAAGCGCGUGUGUUGUAUCGGCGAUGGUGGCAACGAUGUGAGUAUGAUCCAGGCCGCAGAUGUCGGCGUGGGUAUUGUGGGCAAGGAGGGUCGCCAGGCCAGUCUUGCUGCGGACUUUUCGAUUGAGCAAUUCUACCACCUGACCAAACUGCUCGUGUGGCACGGUCGAAACAGCUACAAGAGAAGCGCCAAGCUCGCGCAGUUCGUCAUCCACCGUGGCCUUAUCAUAGCCGUUUGCCAGACCAUGUACAGCAUCGCUAUCAAGUUCGAGCCCGAAGGCCUGUACAAGGACUGGCUCCUGGUCGGAUAUGCAACCGUCUACACCGCCAUGCCGGUCUUGUCCCUCGUCCUGGACAAGGAUGUCGAUGAGGAGUUGGCCAACCUCUACCCGGAACUGUACAAGGAAUUGACCUCAGGUCGGUCCCUUUCCUACAGGACAUUCUUCGUCUGGGUGUUCGUCUCGAUAUACCAGGGAAGCAUGAUCCAAGGCCUUUCUCAGUUGUUGACCGAGGUCGAUGGGCCUAGGAUGGUCGCGGUGAGCUAUACGGUGCUCGUGCUCAACGAGCUGCUCAUGGUUGCAAUUGAAAUCACGACGUGGCACCCAGUUAUGAUCUUAUGCAUCAUCGGGACAUUCCUGAUGUUCAUCGGGUCCAUUCCAUUCCUUGGCGGCUACUUUGAUCUGGCCUUCCUCUUAACCUUGGGUUUCUACUGGCGAGUCCUUGCGAUCGGUGCGAUCUCGCUCAUCCCACCAUACGCCGGCAAGCUUAUCAGGAGGACCAUGAAGCCGCCUUCGUACCGAAAGGUACAAGGAAUUUGAUCCAACUGGCCUGGUUUGCAGGCUUGUGAAUGUGAAUGCGUUUUUGCUGUGCUUCUCUUUUGUUUCCAGUCCGUUGCUGCACGCAUAGCUUUGGCGUUGGGUUCCCAGCAGUGGUGUUUCUAGAACGACCAUCUCGACUGUCUUGCCAUAUAACUCUAUCUCCAGAAUGAGACUGCUGGUGAAGUCUAUCUGUUCCAUGCCACAAAAUAUAGGCCGUGACUAGUAUGCUAUAACUGCUUGCCACCAAGCCGUCCACCUCUGCCUCAGUCCCGACCCAACCAGACCCAUCAUCAGCCUCCCUCAUUGCUUAAGCACGAGCCAGUCCCCCCAGGCCCCCGGGUUCUUCUGCAUGAGCUUGCGGACGAGCCCUCCCACGGGACCCUGCCGUUCGGCCCCAUCCGCCCAGACCUUGGGUCCCACGUACGCGCUGAUGAACCCGUCCGGGCCGGAGAUCAUGAGCAGGUUCUUCCCGCUCACGCCUCUGCCAUCAUCACACGUACACCCCCUCGCCGGCUCGCCAGCCCCGCGCUGGCCGCCCGGCCGGACGUCAGACUCGUGCGUGCUGUGCUGGAGUAGCUGCUGCGAGUGGUAAUAGCACGACGACGACGCCGGCUCCGCGCCCACAGCCCGUGGCGACGGGGUCCUGUGCGGCCGGCCCUCGACCGCCCUCGCCACGUCCGCGGCGCCGACCACGCCGGCCUCGUCGUCC